UUGCUCCAUUACAUGAUCAAAAUCAAUGGAUUCGAAACAAAUAUUCAUAUCUUUCUGGAUCUUUGGUCUCAUCAACAACGUCCUAUAUGUGGUGAUAUUGAGUGCUGCUAUUGACCUUGUUGGGCCGUUUGUUCCCAAGGCAACCGUGCUGCUGGCAGAUGUCUUGCCUUCCUUCACCAUGAAGCUAUCGGCUCCAUUCUUCAUCCAUUUUAUCCCCUACAACACCAGGAUUGUGAUGCUGAUCUUCCUGAGUGUUAUUGGAAUGCUGCUAGUGACGUUUGGGGCGAUUGGAUGGAAGAUCUUCGGGAUCAUUUUGGCAUCCAUAAGCUCAGGGCUUGGAGAGUUGACAUUCCUUCAACUGACACACUUCUUCGAAGAGACGAGCUUGCAAGGUUGGAGCUCUGGCACUGGUGGAGCCGGUCUCAUUGGCAGUGGAGUCUUCUUGCUGCUCACAACGGUGUUGAAAAUUGAUGUGAAGCUAUCACUUUUGAUGUUUACUCUCUGUCCACUAGGGUUUCUCUACUACUUUAGAUUACCACGGACAUCACCCUACUCUCCACUACAGUCAAUUGAGCUCACCACACAACCAAGUGAGUUGAAAACACACAUUACACACACGCUGGAAAGGUUGAAGCCCUUAUGUGUUCCCUUUAUGGGCCCACUCUUUACUGUGUACCUCGCAGAGUAUCUCAUAAAUCAAUCAAUAGCACCAACUCUGUUAUUCCCUAUAGAGUCUACUCCAUUCCACAAGUAUAGGGACAUGUAUGUGACCUAUGGCACUCUGUACCAGCUGGGUGUUUUCAUCUCGAGAUCAUCAGCAUCAUUUGUUCGGAUACGUAAACUAUACGUUCCUUCCAUCCUACAGUGGGUGAAUGUGGUGGUGCUACUGUUGCAAUCAAUUCUUUAUUUCAUUCCAAACAUCUACAUCAUUAUGAUGAUCGUGUUUUAUGAAGGAUUAUUGGGAGGUGCGUCGUAUGUGAAUACGUUCAUGCUUGUACUUGAAACAAUAUCUGAUGAUGAGCGUGAGUUCUCUCUCGGUGCAACUUCUUUGAGCGAUUCCGGUGGUAUUGUAGUGGCAGCUCUUCUAGGAAUGUGGAUUGAACCGAGCCUCUGUCAUUACCAAGUGGAUCAUGGAAGAGAAUGGUGUCAUUUGAAUUGACCACCUAUGCCUACUUCCUUCUCUUGGUUGACACGCCCAGAGUGUUUACCUUUCUCUUUAAAACCACUUUAGAAGUAGGUCUCUUGAUGAGGUUAUUUAUAGGCUGAUCAUAAUCAGAUUCAUCACUGGAGUCAUCAUUGGAUUCGUCAUCGGAACUCUUGUAGAUAUUCAUCAGCUCCGUCUGACGUUUAGAUGAAAAUGCGUCCUGUGCGAUCUUCUCAUCUUCUUCUUCCUGCAUUUUCUGUUUGGCCAACUGUUGCUCCUUCUGGCUCUUCACGAUGGUCUGAGACUUCUCCUGUAACCUAACAUUCUUCUGUUGGAUCUCAUCCAAUUCCUCGUUCAUCUCCUGUUCUCUUCGUAGUGCAUUCAACUUGGCUUCGAGUUCCUCCAC